UCUCCAAUGACCUUUAGACCACCCCAAAAGCCAACCUUAGAAGUCCAGCCAUGGUUUCCAAGGAGCAUCAUCGAUCAGCGUUCUCUCUGCACGUGUAUUAUAUUUGAGUCUUUUCUCACCAUGAGAUUGGAUGAUAUCUACGAGGAACAAGUGGAAGGGAGAGAGGGAACAGAGAUAGACAGACAUACAGAAAAGAGUGAGAGAUCUAAGAAAUGGGCAUGCAACUACGAGCCUCCUCUUCUCCUAUCCAUCAAAAUAUCUCAUUUUCUCCUGCAAAUCCUUUGUUAAUCCAUAGCCGUUUCGUCCAAAACAAAGGAAUUGUCUUAGAAAGGCAUUUUGGUGUUAAUCCCACUAGCAGCAGAAGCAUAAGCGGCAUAGGAGGAAGAAGAACUAGAAGAAGAGAAAAUGGAAUCGUGGCGUCAACUAACGUGGCUGCACCAUUCUGGGAUUAUUGGAAACCCCAGAAGGGCCCUGCAGCUCCUUCCCUCAGCGACAUCCUCUGGCCUUCUGCAGGGGCGUUCGCUGCAAUGGCAAUAUUGGGCAAGAUGGAUCAGUUUUUGGCCCCAAGAGGCAUUUCAAUGACAAUUGCACCUUUGGGGGCUGUUUCUGCUGUUCUCUUUGCCGCUCCCUCCUCUCCAGCUGCUCGGAAGUACAACAUGUUCAUCGCUCAAAUUGGUUGCGCUGCCAUUGGUGUUCUGGCAUUCUCUAUAUUUGGGCCAGGCUGGUUUGCUAGAAGCAUUGCCCUGGCCGCUUCCAUAGCCUUCAUGAUCUACACGGGUGCCAGUCAUCCACCAGCUGCAAGCUUGCCUAUUCUGUUCAUUGAUGGAGCUAAGUUGCACCACUUGAACUUUUGGUAUGCUUUGUUCCCUGGCGCUGCUGGAUGCAUCCUCCUCUGUUUGAUUCAAGAGAUGGUGUUAUUCUUGAAGGAUAACUUCAAAUUUUGAUCUGUAAACAAUUUCAUUAUCUGAAUCUAAGUGUAUGCUAUGAAGAUCGACACAAAUCACCUUCUGCAAAGGUAGUGGAAGAUCGAGUAAGUAAUCCUAAUCACUCCGCGCGCACCAAGCGUAUUUGUCCAGAUUCUUCUCCCAAAUAAUGGCUUCUAAAGAGGAAAAUGAAAAGCUUUGGCAGGCACCAAUCUACACAGUAUCAUGUUACAUGAUUGUAUAGAAGUUAUACAAACUUUGUUAUUAACAAGUUUGAGAUUAAGAUCACUGGUGAUAUUUAAGUCCACGGGGAUCAUACGACAAACAGACUUCAACCCAUCUCUUGUGAAUUUUUGUGUAUGCAUAUCAAUAUUGUCUUGGAAUCUUUUUAAUGUCA